AUGGAUGCGCCGGCACUCUGCGUUAAGGGUUGCGGCUUUUACGGAUCGCCCGAACAGCAGGGCAUGUGCUCCAGCUGUUACAAGGAUUUCCUUAGGGAAAAGAUCGCCAAGUCCUCCGUGCCAACAUCGGAUUCAUCUGUCACUGUCGCCCCAGUUGAUGACCUGACGGACUGCAUGGCUAAGCUAUCUACAAUAAGGGUAACUAAGACUCCGCAUGACCUGCUCGACAAUAUGGCUUCUGAAUGCAAACCUGAGAAACCGAUCAAGAACAAGUGCAGAACUUGCGGUAAGCGGCUUGGAAUUUUGGGGUUCCGGUGCCGGUGCGGAGACCUCUUCUGCGGGAUGCACAGGUACCCGGAAGAACAUCUGUGCAAGGUGGAUUUCAAGACAAGCGGUCGCAAAACUCUGGCCGAGCAAAAUCCCGCUUGCACUGCUGAUCGAAUGCAGUAUAGGGUUUGA